AUGAUGCAAUCAAAAUAUACAGCAGUAGCUACGUCAACUACAUGGUGGGGAAUGUAUAGUAUUCAAAUGUUACCAGCCUAUAUGCUAAAAUUCAGUUCGACCUUUAACAGAAGUCUUUCGAGAUUAGUAUCAAAUCCUACUACUGAGCAACAACAGUUAUUUUAUAAUCAAAUUGUGACAACAUUUGGAACUCACUAUGUUUCAUCAGUCAUUGUUGGUGGUAUUGCACAUUAUUAUACAUUUUUAACUGAAGAAUGGCAACGUCAGAAUAGUCAAAGUUCAACUGAAAAUCAAGUUUCAAUUGGUUUUCAUCUUGGUUUCGAUAUUCCCCUUGGUAUUGGUGAAGACUUUGGAGGUAUUUCAUUUGGUGGUGGUUGGGGAUUUAGUGGUGGUAUUCAAUUAGAAACAUUUAAGAAAAAUUCAGCUACCAAAUUUCUUUUUCGACCAGCACCUGUAGACUUAUCCUCUACGCUAUACAAUCAUACCUGGAUAGCAUGGGCAUCUCAAACAGCAAGACAACCUGUUGUUGUCAAUCGAACACUUAUUCCUUUGUCAAAUCUAUUACUUGAUUUUCCUAUUGGUAUUGCAGAACACUUACAAAGUACCAUAGAUUUUUAUCUUAGGACCGGCAGAUUACCAAAACUUACUGAUGUAGUCCGUAAAGAAAAACACUCAUCAAUAUCUAUCUCUGGUCUUGAUGUAGUCGGCUGUGGAUACGAUAUCAUAGAACUUCAAAGUAAACAAUGUCUAUUCGACAUGACUUAUAACCAAAAUAAGCUCUGGUCGAAUGUUUUCAACGGUCAUAGAUCAUAUCGAAUUCCCGAUGGAUAUUCUGUUACGGGAAUACGGGAAUUCAACUCGACAUACAACACUCAUAUAUUUGAUAGUUACGACAAAUUUAUUGAAAAUUCUAUCUAUAUGAAUCAACAAGACACAGCAAAAUUUCUUGGUUUUGGUAUGUCGUACAAACAUAAGGAUAUUGUCACACGACUUCAAAAUAUAUAUAAAUAUCAUUUAAAACUUGCAUGGACAAAUCGAAAAGUUCUUUGGUAUAAUCUCUCAAUUGUAAAUUUAACUAUUUCACCACUAAAUUCUGUUGCGAAGACGGCUCUAAAUGAUUUACCAUCAAUCUUCAAGAAAGAAGAUUUUCAAAAAGUUUGGAAAAUAUUUUUUGAUACUUAUGGUACUCAUUAUGUGUCGAGUGCAGAAUUUGGUGGUAUGAUAUGGGCUGAGGAUUAUUUUAACCAAUGUCUAAUCACGAAAAAUUCAAUACAAUGGAUUAAAGAUCAAAUUAAACGUUCUUAUUGGUUUAUUUCAACAAGUGAAUUUAACAGUUUGUAUGUACCUGUAAUAAAUCAAGACUAUUUGCAAUAUCGUAUAUCGACAAUGUAUGUAAUUGGUGGAGAUAAUAAUUUGAAUUCUUUUCAAUUUAAGAAAUGGAUGCAAAGUAUCAAAGAUAAGCCGAAUGCAAUUACCUAUAGCCUUCUACCUAUCUAUACACUUCUACCUCUGAAUACACAAAAACGAAAGGCAUUGGAAGAGGCCACUCUUUAUAUUCGACUGCAAGCAGUAAAUAUGACGAAUGCUUAUUUAAAUAAUCUACAAUCCGUCGAUUGGUCAAUUCCAAGUAUAAAGUGUUUUUCUCCGUGA